GUUGGCGUCCUUGGCUUCACAAUUCUGGUGUGGGAUCAUACAAUCACUUUUGCAGACGAGGUGGAGAUGAUAUGGGGUCGUCCGAAGAACCUCUUGACAUUCUUAUUCUUGCUCAAUCGGUACCUCACACCUAUCGGUUUCAUCGUGAACCUUGUUGGUAAGUUCUGGAUACCUGCGCAUAGAUGCGAGCAUUUCGUUCGGUACGAGGGGGCCAUGACUGCAGUUGGGAUUCAAGUUGUGGGACUAAUGAUGUUCCUGCGCGUUCGAGCUAUGUACCACGACAACAGAUGUGUUGUGAUCCUUGUAGCAUCGUUAUUGUUUGUUUGGGUCGCAGUUGGCGCUUGGCUGUUGUCUCACGGCGUAGGUGAGUAUCAAAGUCGUUUGACCUGCAGUUCGGGUCCACUUAAUCUUGAACUCAGAAAGAGUCUUGCAUCCUCAUGGGCAUGGGUCCCUCUCCUCUAUGACACGGUCGUUUUUACCUUGACUUUGAACCGAACAUUGCCCUCGAUAAAAAAUAAGGAAGCAGGGCAUAUCGUCCACACGCUGUUUGCAGAUGGAGUUUUAUUCUACAGUGUAAUGUGUACCAUAAACCUUAUCUUUACCGUCAUGGUUGUGAGGGCUCCAGAGGGCUUGAAGAACAUCACUGGACAGUACGUCUUCUAUGUCGUAAUGAUGUCACGCAUUACACUCAGCUUGAAGAAGGAGGGCACACGUGAUUCUGUACCACUCGACACACAUCUUGGAAGCAAAUUCCCGCUCUGCUUCGAUUGUCAAAGAUAUUAUGAACACGCAACCACCAACUCCUAG